CUGGACUACCAAACCUACGGUCGAGUGUCUGUGCUCGCGUUGAUUUCUGCAGCCAAACACAAGUAUUGGCCUGUCGUAUUCGUAAGUUUGGCAGCGCUGUUGAGUCCAUUCCUCACCAUCAUCGUAUCAGGACUAUAUUCUCUGGAUCAGGUGCCAGUUCUGUAUCCGGUAUCUGCCAAUAGAACAUCGGCGUUCAACCUGACAUGGGCCCAGAGCACGCGACAUGACAGCGGAGCGGGACCAAGAACGAUACAGAUUUGGGAUCACAACGCUACGUAUCCACUCUGGACAUACAAGGACCUUGCGCUAUCCACGAUUCAGAUAGGUCCAGAGAGCCUUCCCUUCGCAAACACCUCUGCUGCUGAAGGCGCGCAGAUCAACGCGAUUGUUCCUGGUGUCAGAGCAAGACUUGAUUGCAUUCCUACCUCGAAUCGCACAGUGUACCACAACAUGGACUUCGGCCGAGAUAAACACUCCAAGUCCGUGAUCACGCGCGUACCAGUGAAUGUCCUGAAUACUUGCGUUGGGCACCCGAUGCCCUCCAUGCUCGGCACGAACAUCACGUUUAGUGUUUAUCCCGAGGAGACGUAUUUUUCGCAGAUUACGAACCUGCACAUCAUUCAAGCAUCGGGCGGCUCGAGUCCUGUGAGCGUUUUUCCGGACCCCGAUGUUGGCACCUUCACAUUUCCAGACAACGACGCCGACUGCCCCUCAUUGGUAUUCUAUAUUGCAAAGUGGUCACCACUUCCAAAUAGCAAGGAUUACAUGCUUGACUUCAAUGCUUUGUCUUGCAAGCAAGUAGUCGACGAAGUUCAAGUCAAUGCCACGCUAUUAUAUCCCUCCAUGGAGCUUGACCCGCCGAUUACACCCAAGGUCUUGGAGGGAGUCACUACCAAUGUGGUAGACACUGAACGCAAUGGCUCUGUCGAAACCUGGCAAGUCGGCUAUCAAUUCGACAAGUGGGACACCAGCCAGAUAAUAGUUACAGGAGGGACAUCCCGCGCAUGGAACCCGUACGUCAGCCGGUACUACCAGAUGGUUGUCAAUGGCACUCGGGAAGUGAGACCCGUAUUUCUUGACGACAUGAUCGGGGAAGCAAACAUCGACAAUUUCUCAAUAGCCACUCAAGUGUUCAAGCAUCCAUUGAGGCUAUGACGGAGUGGCGAGUCAAACAACAUGAGCCCUCGAAGAUUGUGUUGCAAGUCAUUCUAGGCAUCAUGGCGGUCUGCGGUCUUCUUACAUGGCUGUGCAUGGAAACGAAAGAAGUGCUGCCACACAACCCAUGCACUAUAGCCGGUAUGAUCAGUUUUUUCGCUGACAGCUCUUUGUGGAGCGAUGCCUUAGCGAAGUAA